AUGGUUGGCUUUUCCUCUCCUUCUUCGACGUCGUGUUCUUCGUAUUCCUAUCGUAAUCACGGACAUCCUCAUCCACCUCAUCAACAACAAAGAAGAAGAAGAAGAAGAAGUGGUGCCACGAAGACGACGACGCGCGGCGCUUUGCGAAGCUCGUCGUCAUCCUCAUCCUCAUCAGACUCGAAUAAUACGAACAACAACAACAACAACAACAACAACGGGGACAUGCCAUCCUCCUCCUCAUCGUCAUCGAGAGCGAGCUCGUCCUCGUCCUCGUCAUUCAGCGGCGUGAAAAGUAAUACAAAUAAUAGUAAUAGUAAUUUGGUGUUGUUGCAAAGGAUAUCCACUAAAGUGGCUGCAAUGAGCGCGGCGGUAGCUGUGGCUGUUGCGUCUGCAUCCGGAGCGCCUUCUCCGUAUUCUUUUUUGAACUCCUGGAAUUCUGCGGCAACAUCACCAACAAUAACUAGUAAUACACUUGCAAAAGGUCUGGUCGCGUACGCCGAGGAAGAGGAGGAGGAGCGGGAUACCGCGAGCGAUGUCGGGAAAAGUAACCCGAAAAAGACCUCUGUUGGUGAUAAUGAUAACGAGCAGCUUUCACCAGACGCUCUAGUCGUCGAUGAAGUUUGGCAACUCGUCAGCGAUACGUUCCUUCCCGUGAGAAACGAUAUUUCCGUAGGUUUCGACCGAGAGGCGUGGAACGCCUUGCGCGAAGAGAGCGUUGUAAAAAAUCCACCGAAAUCGAGACAAGAGGCGUACGAAUACGUAAGAGGAAUGCUUUCGACGUUGAACGACCCGUUUACGAGGUUUGUUGCGCCGAAAGAUUUUCAGGAGCUCUUGAAGUACGAUAUUUCUGGCGUCGGAUUGAACAUUGCGGAGAUGCCUGACAAUACGAGCGAAGUUGGCGUACUCGGAUUGGUGGCUGAAAGUGCGGGCGCAAAAGCGGGAAUAAAGCAAGGCGACGUUAUUUUAUCCGUCGAUGGCGUCGAUGUGAACGGCAUGAGUGCAUUUCAAGUCACGAGCAUGAUUCAAGGCGAAGGAAACACGACGGUGGAUUUGAAAGUCCGACGAGGUGAGAAAGAUGGAGAGGAAAAGUUGUUCGCGUUGAAGCGAGCGGCUGGGCCUAAGAACCCGGUGAAGUCACGAUUAGAAGGAAAGUCCACCGGGUACAUUCGUUUGACUGAGUUCAACGCGCUCGCAGAGAAGGACGUCGCAGAAUCCAUAGAAGAGUUGCGUGGUAUAGGAGCAAAGGAGUUUAUACUAGAUUUAAGAGAUAAUCCUGGAGGAUUAGUUCAAGCUGGCGUUGAGAUUGCAAAGUUGUUUCUACCGCAAGACGCUACGAUUGCGUAUACGGAAGGGCGAGUCGUCGCCGGUGGCGUGAAAGAGGAUACAGAUGUCGACGCGACGGUAAAUGCGCGUUUGGGCCUUCAGAACGCAGGAGGCGCCGACGCGGCACCGACUAAAUUAAAGAGAGUAGGGGAUAUUUCGUCGUUCUCAUCGAGCGACAAAGAAAAUAGUGAUGCAGUAAGUAACAAACAAAAAGUUACCGAACCGCUUGUAGUUCUAGUGAACUCGAGGUCGGCGUCGGCGAGUGAGAUUUUGACCGGUUCGUUGAAAGAUAACUGUCGCGCCACGGUGGUUGGUUCCAAAACGUACGGCAAAGGGUUGAUACAAUCCGUAUACGAGCUGAGCGAUGGUAGUGGUGUCGUGUUAACCGUCGGGCGAUACGUGACGCCUAAGUUUGUGGACAUCGACAGAACCGGCAUAACGCCUGAUUUUGCAAUGUUCCCGGGCUUUGAAGUUUCCAAGAAAAGUUUGGAUGCGUGCGAGUUGCCAAAACGUUGA